CCCCGGCCCGGCAGGCACCAGCAGCGGGGACCUGGGCAGGGGCGAUGGCCGAGUUGGCCGGCCCGGAGCUGCCCCCUACCCUGUCCCGCUGCAGCGGCCGCUUCACCAUCAGCACCCUCCUGGGCACGGAGGAAGGUGCCCGAGGUCCCUACGCAGCUGCCGAGGGGACCGGCUGUGACAGCGCCCACCCCACCCACCUCUCCGGCAGCACCCUCUGCACCAGGACCUUUGGCUACAACACUGUGGACGUGGUGCCUGCCUACGAGCACUACGCCAACACCAAGGGGGUGGGUGAUGCCGGGAAGGCGAGGCCCUCUCUGGCAGACCUCCACUCCAUCCUCAAGCCCGACCCGGGCCACAUCCAGGUGCUGGUGUCGGAUCCCCAGCACAGCAAUGGGCUGCCCGAAGCGGGGCCUGAGGAGGCGACGGGGGAGCCGGGCAAAGCCCCAGAGCCCGUCCGCUUCGGAUGGGUGAAGGGUGUCAUGAUUCGCUGCAUGCUGAACAUCUGGGGAGUCAUCCUCUACCUGCGCUUGCCCUGGAUUACAGCCCAGGCAGGAAUCGCCCUGACGUGGCUCAUCAUCCUGAUGUCUGUGACAGUGACCACCAUCACCGGCUUGUCCAUCUCUGCCAUAUCCACCAAUGGCAAAGUGAAGUCAGGGGGCACCUACUUCCUCAUCUCACGGAGCCUUGGGCCAGAGCUGGGGGGUUCCAUUGGGCUGAUCUUUGCCUUUGCCAACGCGGUGGCCGUGGCCAUGCACACCGUGGGCUUUGCUGAAACUGUGCGGGACCUGCUGCAGGAGCACAACUCCCUCAUCGUGGACCCCACCAAUGACAUCCGCAUCAUCGGGGUUGUCACCGUGACAGUGCUGCUGGGCAUCUCCCUGGCUGGCAUGGAGUGGGAGGCCAAGGCACAGAUACUGUUUUUCCUGGUCAUAUUGGUUUCCUUCAUUAAUUACUUGGUGGGGACAGUGAUUCCAGCCACCACUGAGAAGCAAGCAAAGGGCUUCUUCAGCUACCGAGCUGACAUCUUUGCCCAGAACUUUGUGCCCAACUGGAGGGGACCCGAGGGCUCCUUCUUUGGCUUGUUUUCCAUUUUCUUCCCGUCAGCAACCGGCAUCCUGGCUGGGGCCAACAUUUCAGGUGAUCUGAAGGAUCCUGCCGUGGCCAUCCCCAAAGGCACCUUGAUGGCCAUCUUCUGGACCACCGUGUCUUACCUGGUGCUUUCUGCCACCAUCGGUGCCUGUGUGGUCCGGGAUGCCUCAGGCAGCCUGAACGACAGCGUGGCCGUGGGCUCUCCGGACUGUGAGGGGCUGGCGUGUGGCUACGGCUGGAACUUCACCGCCUGCGCCCAGCGGCAGAGCUGCCGAUACGGGCUCAGCAACUACUACCAGAGCAUGAGCAUGGUGUCAGGAUUUGGCCCCCUCAUCACCGCAGGGAUCUUUGGUGCCACCCUCUCCUCUGCACUGGCCUGCCUCGUCUCAGCCCCCAAAGUCUUCCAGUGUCUCUGCAGGGACCAGCUCUACCCCCUCAUAGGCUUUUUUGGGAAGGGCUACGGGAAGAACAGCGAGCCCAUCCGUGGCUACAUGCUCACCUACGUCAUUGCUGUCGGCUUCAUCCUCAUCGCCGAGCUCAACGCCAUUGCCCCCAUCAUCUCCAACUUCUUCCUCUGCUCCUACGCCCUCAUCAACUUCAGCUGCUUCCACGCCUCCAUCACCAACUCCCCAGGCUGGAGACCCUCCUUUCGGUAUUACAGCAAGUGGGCUGCGCUCUUCGGGGCCGCUGUCUCGGUGGUGAUCAUGUUCCUGCUGACCUGGUGGGCAGCCCUCAUCGCCUUCGGCAUCGUCAUCUUCCUCCUGGGUUAUGUCCUCUACAAAAAGCCUGACGUCAACUGGGGCUCCUCCAUGCAAGCCAGCUCCUACAACAUGGCCCUCAACUACUCGGUGGGGCUGAGCGAAGUGGAUGAGCACAUCAAGAACUACAGACCACAGUGCCUGGUGCUGACCGGGCCCCCGAAUUUCCGCCCGGCCCUGGUGGACUUCGUGGGGACGUUCACCAAGAACCUCAGCCUGAUGCUCUGUGGCAACGUGCUGAUAGGACCACGGAAGCAGAAGAUGCCGGAGUCCCGGCUGACAGCACACGGCCACACCAAGUGGCUUACAAAGAGGAAGAUCAAGGCUUUCUACACAGACGUGGUGGCUGAGGACCUCAGAAGUGGUGUCCAAAUGCUGAUACAGGCUGCUGGCCUGGGGAAGAUGAGACCCAACAUCUUGGUGCUGGGCUACAAGAGAAACUGGUGGAAAGCAUCCCCACAGAGCCUGGAGGACUACGUGGGCAUCCUGCAUGAUGCCUUUGAUUUCAAGUACGGGGUGUGCUUGAUGAGGAUGAAGGAUGGGCUGAACGUCUCCAGGGUGAUGCAGGCUCACGUGAACCCCACGUUCGAGGCUCUGCAGCACCCCGAGGAGAAUGGCACCGGUGGCAGAGCAGCCCCAGGCACAGCAGACCCUGCAGCCUUGGCCAGCGAGCAGCAAGCCAGCACCAUCUUCCAGAGUGAGCAGGGCAAGAAAACCAUUGACAUUUACUGGCUCUUUGAUGAUGGAGGUCUGACACUGCUCAUCCCCUACCUCCUGGGGCGCAAGAAGCGGUGGGGAAAGUGCAAAAUCCGGGUGUUUGUGGGCGGGCAGAUCAACAGGAUGGACGAGGAGAGGAAAGCGAUCGUGUCUCUGCUGAGCAAGUUCCGUCUUGGCUUCCACGAGGUCCACAUCCUCCCUGACAUCAACCAGAAACCCUGGCCAGAGCAUGUCAAGAGGUUCGAUGACCUGAUCGCUCCCUUCAGGCUCAACGACGGCUUCAAAGACGAGGCAGCGGUGAACGAGAUGAGGCAGGGCUGUCCCUGGAAGAUUUCUGACGAGGAGGUGGAUAAAAACAGAGCCAAGUCGCUCCGCCAGGUGAGGCUGAACGAGAUUUUGUUGGAUUACUCUCGGGACGCGGCGCUCAUCGCCAUCACGCUGCCCAUCGGCAGGAAGGGUCGGUGCCCCAGCUCCCUCUACAUGGCCUGGCUGGAAACGCUCUCCCGGGACCUCAGACCCCCGAUCAUCCUCACCCGGGGCAACCAAGAGAACGUGCUGACCUUUUACUGCCAAUAA